CUCCCUUAGGUCGACCUGGACCGGGCGCGAGGCCAGCCUAGCCAGUGGGGUCUGGUGGGCUGGGAGAGGGGGGGCUCAAUCCCAUGUCUUCUCGCCCCCCCCCCGUUUGAGGCUAGACCCGGCUCCGAUCCGCCAUUUGGCCGAGCCGGUCGCCGUAAAUCCGAAACAGAUUCCAGCCAUCUUGGACGGUGAGGUUCUCGCCUCCACGCCUCUCCAGCAUGGAAGCCUCCGAGGCCCCCACGACGCCCGAGAUGUACGAGAACUUCCAGUCUGCAAAUGUGGAGAAGGAAUACGAAGCAGACUUUGAAAAAGACUUCCCGUUGUCGAAGUCCUUCCCCCAGCGUGUCUGUCCCACCAGCCGGCUCCUUCUGGUACUGAUGGUGUUCUGUGGCGUUCUGAUCCUCUCGGUCAGCAUCCUGGGCAUUCAAGGUGUCCGGUUCACCCAAAGCCUCCAGGGCACCCAGAAGGGGGUGCAGAAUCUUACCCAGACGGUCCAGCAGGAGGUCACCAACCUCCAGGCCAAAAGGAACAGCACCAGGACGAGACUGGCUGAGCUGGAGAAAACUAUGCAACAGGAGAACGAUAAGCUGUUCAAAGUGAUGGUACAGGUAGAGAUUCAGCUGGACACCCUCGAAAAGAAUUCCAGAGCUUUGCACUGUGAAAUUAUCGAAAUGAAGAGCAAUGGCAGCAAAAGUGGCUGCUGCCCCCGAGGCUGGGUGAACUUUCGCUCCAGCUGCUACUGGACCACCCAGUCCACGGACACCUGGCAGGGGGCCAAAAAAGACUGCGAAGAUAAGAAAGCCCACCUGGUCAUCCUCAACUCCGCCGAUGAGACAGACUUUGUGAAGCGCCACAGACAGGGAAGUAACACCUGGAUUGGCUUGACCGACUCCAGCGGGGACUGGAAGUGGGUGGACGGAUCGGCCUACAGCGUGGACCCAAAAGACUGGGAUGUAGGCCAGCCAGACCACUGGUACGGCCACGGCAGUGGGGGCGGGGAGGACUGCGCCCACAUAAUAUCCAACGGCCUUUGGAACGACAACGUCUGUUCGCGCAUGUUCCCCUGGGUGUGCGAGAUGGAGCUGGGCAUCUGAAGAACCCCACAGCCAGCCCCUCCUCCCUUGGCCGGAGGCUCUCGGUCCACGUGCGAAUGUCUUUGGGACAGGCUGACAAUCGGGGGGGCUGAGAGGGGACACGUGUCCUGGGAGGCUUCUGGCAGCCCAUCACAAAGGCCUCCUGCAAAGAUCUGUGUCGCCAGCCCGUCUCUCGCACCCGGGACCCAGAGAGGGCUUAAAAGCUGUAAAAACACCCGGGUGGGGGUGG